AUGCGCGCACAGCAUGCGAGGGACGAUCGUGCCAAUGGCGUGGCAAACCCAAAACAGGAACAGGAUCCCAUCGAAAGAAGAAGGCUACAGAACAGACUGUCCCAGAGGAAUCAUCGUCGCAAAAUCCGAGACCGGAUUGCCAAACUACAGGAGCGGGUAAUCGCGAGUGAGCUCAGAGCCGCGGCAAGCCUCAAUGGUUGGAAUUAUCACCAUCCUACAGCAUCGUUGGCAACCCCGACAACACCGGCGUACGAUGUCGAGAGAAAGGGCCUAUCUCCUGCUGUCGAGAUUAUGCCUGCGAUGAGUGGCUCUUAUCUGCCUGGUUCGACGGGUACCUACUACCCUUUCAGCACCCUGAGUCCAGCAGCUCCCCUACCACCACAGCCUUCACCACCCUUUCCUCAGUACGAAGCCACUGCAAAAGAAGUCGAUUCGUCGGGCUCAUCUCCGCCGUCUGCUCUCACAAACAGCAGUGUAUGUUCUCCAGGCGCUGGCUCCUUCAAUCUGGACAUGGCACCGAAUGCUGCGAGUAACUACGUCCCAUCUGACAUGAAUGGCCAAUUCCAGACGGAGCCAUGGAAUAUCUACACCCCGAACUCUCAGUCCAACUUCUACUAUAUGACCACUGAGGCAUCACUGCCUCAGAUACUGCAGAUUCUAGACACCGGAAAUCUGAGGCCCAAGGCCGUUAUUCUGCUCCAACCAGACGCUCAUCAAGCAGGAGUUCCACCACUGUCUACAUCUCAACCCCCCUCACCGGUGGAACAAGCAGCACCAGCUCCAAGCGCCUUUCCCAUGCAGGGCCUGACAUGUCAGUGUCACAACCGAAGCUUCCUGACCGAGUCUCCCGUGGACUGGAUGCACGCGACAGCCUCUACAAGUAUCUGUCCCUUGCACGGUUCAUCACCACUGGAUGGCUACCAACAGAAGCUGCCAUGA